GUUUGCUUCUGACGGCAGUUUCAGGGACUUUGUUCUCUGAGUAGAUUCAGUCUAAUCAUUCCUUCUGCAAACAUUACUAAUGAAUAUGUUGCGAGUUCGAUGCCUGAGAGGUGGCAGUAGGGGCGCUGAAGCAGCUCAUUACAUUGGAUCUAGGCUUGGAUGGGCUGUUACUAGCUGGGUGCAGAGAGCCUUCCAGAACACCCAAGCCGCAGCAGUGUCUAACAGUGCCUUUGCUGCAGAUGAGAAGGCAACUGAUGUAAUUCCUUCGGACUGCCCUGUCUGCUCCUACAAUGAAUGGGACCCACUUGAGGAAGUGAUUGUAGGACGGGCUGAGAAUGCCUGUGUACCCCACUUUACUGUGGAAGUCAAGGCUAAUACAUAUGAAAAGUACUGGCCAUUCUACCAAAAGUACGGAGGUCAAAAAUUCCCUGAAGAACAUGUGAAAAAAGCUAUUGCUGAAAUUGAAGAAAUGUGCAAUAUUUUGAAGCAUGAAGGAGUUACUGUUAAGAGACCUCAAUCCCUUGACUGGACAGUGAAAUAUAAAACACCAGACUUUGAGUCUUCAGGUAUGUAUGCAGCCAUGCCCCGGGAUAUCUUGCUUGUUGUUGGAAAUGAAAUCAUUGAAGCUCCCAUGGCUUGGCGAGCCCGUUUCUUUGAAUACAGAGCAUACAGACCACUGAUUAAAGAGUAUUUUCACCAAGGUGCAAAGUGGACAACUGCACCAAAACCUACAAUGGCAGAUGAGCUAUAUGACCAGGAUUAUCCAGUUCGUAGUGUUGAAGACAGGCACAAGCUUGCCGCUCAGGGAAAGUUUGUAACUACUGAAUUUGAGCCAUGUUUUGAUGCAGCUGACUUCAUGAGGGCUGGAAGAGACAUUUUCGUGCAGCGAAGUCAGGUAACAAACUAUAUGGGGAUUGAGUGGAUGCGCAGACAUCUUGCUCCAGACUUCAGAGUGCAUAUUAUAUCAUUUAAGGAUCCGAAUCCAAUGCAUAUUGAUGCUACAUUUAACAUCAUUGGGCCCGGCCUUGUACUAUCCAAUCCUGAUCGUCCUUGUCAUCAGAUUGACCUAUUCAAAAAGGCAGGCUGGACUGUGGUAACACCUCCAACACCUCUUAUUCCAGAUGACCACCCCCUGUGGAUGUCUUCCAAGUGGUUAUCCAUGAAUGUCUUAAUGCUGGAUGAAAAGCGAGUUAUGAUGGAUGCGAAUGAAGUCACAACUCAGAAAAUGUUUGAAAAAUUAGGUAUUUCAACAGUGAAAGUAAACAUUCGCCAUGCCAAUUCUUUAGGAGGUGGUUUCCAUUGUUGGACGUGUGAUAUUCGUCGCCAUGGAACCCUACGGUCCUACUUCGACUGAGUAUGCUAGCUGUCAGAAAGCAUCUGAGGUUGUUGCAGUAGAAUCAUAUGCAAAGUCACUUUAAUAACCAAUUAUUCAAGCUGGGAAAGCAUCUCCUGCUUUACUCCUCAAAAACAAAUGAGGAAAACAGUUCUCAUAUCAUAAAGUUUCUCUGACUGAAUUAUAAACACUCUUCACACAUGAGGUUGCAUACAAAACAAGUAGUUUUUAUCACAGUUAAUUACAGUGUGAUUCUGACCUUCAGUACUUCCAUCUACCUCUGUUAAAGCAAGUUUAACAUGUUUCACUCAGGACCAGUUGUAAUUUUGGGAAA